AUUCAAUUUCUUCAAUUUCUUUCAAAAAGAAAUUCAACAAUGGCGUGGGAAUCCUCUGAUAAUAGCCGGUCGGAAUCAAUUCCGGAACCCCGACCUCUUUUCCAACAGGUACUCCAUUGUUUUCCGAUCAAUCGAUACAAAAAUCCGCAUCUCGAAACCUGCGAUAAGAUCAUCUUGCCGCCAUCGUCGCUUUCUCUAAUCCUCUACAAUAAAAUCCAAUACCCUCUAGUUUUGAAGCUCCAAAGUUACAAUACCAACGCAAUCUCCUAUUCCGGAGUGAUGGAAUUCAAUGCGGAAGAAGGCAACGUCUAUCUGCCAGAGUGGAUGAUCCAGAAUCUGAACAUUCAAGAGGGCGAAUCCAUCGUCGUGAGCAACGCAUCCAAUGUACUGAAAGGGUAUUACAUGGAGCCUCGAUCAGACGGUUGUGGUUCGAUCGAGAGGUUUAGGCCAUUUACCGGAAAGGGGCAGCGGUUGGGUGGGAAGUAUACGGUGGCGGUGGUGGUGGAAUUGUUGUCGGAGAUUGUGAUUGAAGAUGACAAGAAAAGAAGCGCCAAAGAGGAAUUAAAAAAAGAGUUUGAACCCUUCACGGGCAAGAGUCAUGUUCUUGGAGGACUGUUAUUUUGAUUUUCUUUUUU